UCGUUGCAGUUGUCCGACAAACUUGUGACGUAUGACGAACAGGCGAUAGCACUGGGGCAUCAAAGAAGAGACAAACAUGUAUUCUCGUACGUGUUCUUCAUAUACACGCUCGUCACAAUAGGUUGGAAAUUUUAUUACGACAUUAAAGAUGUAUCGAAAGAAAUGAUGGGGAUACUAACCAUGGUGCAAAAUACAGCUCUUACCAUCUGUGGCACCUAUUGCGUCUUAAUAACGUGCAUAUUUCUCGAUCUGAUACGCCAACGUUUUCGUCAUUUGAACGAGACGAUAGUCCCUCACGUUUCGGAGUUACCGGUGACCGGGACGCAGGAUGAGAUCACAGUUUACGACGUACGCUAUUUGCACGGCGUGCUUCUCGAUAGUUCCAAACUGAUAAACGCAUUAUAUGGGAUAGGCACUUUGUUCACCUUUCUGUCAAUACUGCUAGAACUUGUUUGGAUUAUAUACCUGUUCAUAAAAGAUUUGCAGGGGGGCAACAGUAUACAAGACAAUCUUGCAGCGGCAAUGGACUUGCUAUUUCAAACUAUUUAUUUGGUUGCAAUGUAUCACUUUACGACCUAUGAGGCGAAUCGCGUUGAAGAGCGCGUGAUAAAAUAUGGUUUAUCCUUUUCGAACAGAAAGUGCCGCAUGGACAAAAUCGAGAUGUUGCUAUAUUUUUAUCACAGGAGAUAUUCUUUCACAGCCGCGGAAUUCUUUCCACUGGAUAUGACGAUAUUCCUUCCGAUCGCCACUGCAGUACUGACGUACCUAACUUUAAUAGUAUAAAUUAUGUAACAAGAAUUCAGACAAAUAACAUCGCGAAAGGAAAUACAAAUAUUAUGACAAAUAACAUGUGAUAAAGAUAAUGCCAUGUUACCUUAAUGAGGGCAGCAAAGGAUUUAUUAUGAAACUUUAAGUAUAAAAUAUCGAUAAUAUGUAAUAUGUAUUUAUAAGUCACACAGUGUAAUUAAUUCGUUCGUACCAAUUAGAGACGCGCGAGUCAAAGAUUCUUUUUAUGUCGAAUUGAAUCGAAGCGAAUAGAAUCGUUAAAAUGUAAUUAUUAUUAUAGAUUGAAUUUCAACACGUAGAUAAGAAGAAAUUAUUUUGAUGCAAAAAAUAUGGACUACAUAAUAUGUAUUCGUUUCGAGAUGAAGAACACGGUCCAAUAUUUAAUAUAAAACUAAUAACAUAUACUUUAGUUGAUGUCACAGUAACUGAAACAAUUAGGCAAAAAGUCAUGGUGAAAUUAUUAAAAUAUUCUAAUAUAGUAUCCACUAAAGUAUCCAAUAACAUUAUCGAAUUACAUGUAUGUGCAUAGUUAAUUAAAGUGAAAUAAUAAAGUUAAUUUUAUUAUCGA